AUGAUAUCAGCAAAAAAAAAUUAUAAAAACGAGAAUUCGGAGCAGUUUUCAUUACAUUCGAUGAGCAUUCUCUUCAUUCUCUUCAAACUCCUCCUGGUAGCGAGCUGUUUCCAUGUUCUCGUGGAUUCGAGAAAAUCACAUCUUCACAAGCGACGGUUCGAAGCAAGCAGCAAUAAAGUUGAUGACAUAGAAGAAACCACAGAAAGUCCGAAAAUUCAAAAUGAUGUCGUGUGUCUAAAUUCAUUCAUUGAUGUCAAAGAUGCAACACAGGAGGAUAUCAAAAAGUACGAGGAAAAUGAAAAGGACGGAAUUUGCAUGCUGCGGCAAUGAAGGUGUCCUGAAGGGGAAAAUUGGACGUUAUUCAAAAGACAAAACGAAACAGUUUGUCUCAAAGCCAUGUUUAUCAACUGUCCUAUUAACAGUCUUACUGCUGGAGCACAUUGUCGUGAACAAUCAAACGCUCGUCUCAUGACAAUCGAUAACGAAGAAGAACGAAUGUGGCUCCAGAAUAAAAAUUUGGAUUUACAUCCAUAUGUUUUGCUCUCUGGACAUCGGAAUCGAGAAUGUAACCAGCCAAUAAUUCAAUUCGCCUCAUUAGAUAAAAAGUGCAAAAAUGGUACCACUGCAUUCGAAAUAGCCGACGGAUCAUCUAAUCACAGUUAUUUACAAUCUGCGUGGUAUACAGAAUCAACAAGACGUACCGACCAAGAUAUUGUUUUCAACUGUAUGAUGUAUCUUAGUAAUGCUCCAGCUGCCACCACUAAUUUGUUCAUGGAUAUUAGUUGUAUGGAAAUCAAAGCUUGGGUUUGUGGAGUUACUGUCAUGGAAGAAAAGUGAUAAAUAAUAUAACUUUUUAAUUGUGUUGCAUGAUUGUGACAAAAGUAAAUGAUUUCAUUGUGUGUAAUUGAAGAUAUCAACAAUAUUUAUCUGGACGUGAAGAAAAAAAGAAAGAUCAAUUGCUAGAUGAUUUUAUGGAAGACAUUAAUAUCGUUAAUAGUUUCAAAUAAAG